CCCUGGCUACACCGACGACCUCGGCUCCCACACCUCCCACACCAAACAAGCAGAUAACGGGCCCUUCCGCACCACCAGCAACCUCAUCCCUGCCCAGAACUCAGAACACCCCACCGCCUCGGGCACCAUGCCCUCCGACACCCUCACCCCGCCCGUCGCUCGCGCCGCACCCAUAACUCCCCUCGACCGCUUCCGCUCCGCCGCGCGCAAAAUCAUCCAAAUGCACCGCACCUCCGCCAUCCUCGCGCGCUUCGCGUCCGCCAGCACGACCAAGGGCUUCGAACCAGGCAUCGACCCGCGGCGACACACCGCCGCGCUCGCGUACGGCCACGUGCACGCGCAAUGUGUGAUCCAGUGCGCGGACUACAGCGCGCUGCGCGCGUCCUUCGGGCGCAUGAGCAACGCCGAGUUCGUCGCGAUGCUCAGCGACGACGGUGCGUGCGCGCGGGAGCCGUGGGCCAAGGUCCGGUGGAUCAAUAUAUGGGGGAUCAGCUGGGACGUGCUUAGUGCGCUGGCGCUGAGGUAUGAGCUGCACCCGCUCGCGCUGGAGGACGUGUUGCACCAGCGGGGGCAUGCGCGGAGUAAGGCGGAUUAUUAUCCGAGUCAGCUGUUUGUGCGCGUGUUGUGUCAUAUGCUGGGGGAUCCGGACGAGGAUGUGUUGGCGCAGUAUGCGCCGGAGGAGACGUCUAGGUCGGCGUCGCCCGAGCCGAUGCGGGGGUCGGAUUAUCGCGACGAGGACGAGGAGAAGACGUUGCUGGAGCCGGCGUGGAAGAGGGGACACUCGGAUUUGGAGGCGCCGAGUAAGAGUGGGUUCAAGUUUGUCUCGCCGACGAGGAAGGAGUCUGUGGCACGCAAAAGACGCGAACGCGCCCAGAUCACGCUCGAGGCCCUCAAGAAAGAGGGCAGAGUCAACGUCAAAGUAUCCCCCAUGUCCAUCUUCCUUCUCCGCAAUGGCACCGUCAUCACCAUCCUCCCCUCGAGCACGCACGACUUCACCGAGCCCAUCCAGGCGCGUCUCCGACAACAGGACUCGUUCCUCCGGCGCUCUGCGGACCCGAGUCUGCUCGUCCAGAGCUUGCUCGAUAUCGUCGUGGACUCGGCCCUCGAAGUCGUCGACGCGUACCACGAAAAGAUCCUCGAGCUCGAGCACGACGUACUGUUGAAGCCGGACAUGAAGGUCGUCCAGCGGCUACACAUCCUCUCGGGCGACCUCACGCUGCACAAGCGCACGCUCGAGCCGCUCAAGAGCGUCAUCUACGGCCUGCGGCGGUACGACCUCGAGCGGUGCGCCGCGCUCGCGGACGAGCUCGCGCAUGCGGACUCGCGGCAGAACUCGAUCUCGUUCGCGGGGCUGCCGUCGGGUGGCGCUCCAGAGGGGCCCGCAAAGGUGCCGGUGAAGGGCUUCAUGAGUCCCAAGACGAAGAUUUACCUGGCGGACGUGCACGACCACAUGGAGUACAUCCUCGGCAGCCUGGACAUGUUCGCGGGCAUCGCGGAGAACCUGAUCAACUACACGUUCAACGUCAAGUCGUACGAGAUGAACGAGGUCAUGCGCCGGCUCACGCUCGCGACGAUCAUUUUCUUGCCGCUUACACUGCUCACCGGUUAUUUCGGUAUGAACUUCUCGAGCAUGUGGUCGACCGCGCACCAUACGGACUGGCUAUUCUGGGCAAUCGCGAUCCCCAUCAUGUGCGUCGUCAUCCCCGCCUUCACCGCGCCCGAUAUCCGGCGGCUGGCGCACUACGGCCAGAAGCGCAUGGUUGCGUGGAAGACGGACCAGUCGCUUCGAUAUAUGCGGCCAGCGCGUCGGUCGACAAGAUCAUGAACUGGAUGACGCCGAUGUGGGCGUGCGCUUAUUUACUUGUGGACUUGUGAUGAUAAGCUUGUUUUCGCUUUCCUUUGUCGCUCUUUUGGGGUUUGGGCUCUUUGAUGUGGCUUUUUGUCGUUCUUUGUUUUCUUGUUUCGUGUUCUUAUGCUGUCGCUUUUACAGUAAAAGUUAUACCUCGCAUACAUUACAUACCUGAGUUUCUCGUGCUGGACUGUUUUGUCUUCAUUUACUAUAAAUGCCCAAC